AGUGCUGGUGGUGUCUUAUACAGAUUUUAAGGUGCUGUCGACGCGUCCUGUUGAGUGAAUUAUUCAUUAACCGGAAUGUCGCUGAAAAAAGCCACGGCGUUUGUCAUCCUGAUGUUAGCGACAUUACAUUUUGAUAAAAGCGAGUCUCUCUCAGGCGGAUCAAUAACUCAUGUCGGAGAGUUUCCUCACAUCGUCUCAAUCCAAAUUCCUCCGAAACGUAAGUCGUCUUUCCACGGAAAACACGGAUGUUCAGCAACCCUCAUAACAAAAAAGGCAAUUCUAACAGCAGCCCAUUGUUGCAGUCUUGUUCCUCCACUGAAAAACCUAGUAGCAGGAAUCUUCGAUUUUUACGCAGUAACGGGAAAUGAGCAGAGAAGAACCGUGAAGAAUGUUUUCAUACAUCCUUUGCAUAACACAAGUCGAUGGAUUGAACACGAUAUUUGCAUCAUGGAGCCUGACGAAGCGUUUGACCUAAAUUUGUUUGUUUGGCCAGCAAGCUUACCUGCUUUCCAAGACGAAUUUUUCAGUAAGAAACGGGGUGAUGAAUUCAAAGUGCUAGUCAUAAUCGAUUUGCCCUUCGAUUCCAUGCAAGGUUAUGAUUUGUUGGCAUACGGCUGGGGAGAUUUGGGAAAUGGAGCCAAGCCUUCCGAACUUCACAAGCUUUGGUUGCAGCACAUAACAGAUGAUUUCUGCAGCUAUAUCAUGGGUGAUCAGGUUGGAGAAGCCAUGCUCUGCGCUGGGGAUCCCAGGAGCAAUAGUGGAACUUGCAAGGGAGAUUCCGGAGGGCCGCUGGUGGAUCCAUUUCAUUCCCUCGUUGGGAUAAUAUCUUGGACAAUCGGAGCUUGUGCAGAUUCGAACAAGGUUUCAGUUUUCGCCCAGAACAAAACGGAAAUCACGACCAAAGCUGCACCAGAUUGCGACAUACUAGUCAACCGAGACCCAAAGAACACCGAGUCAGUAAAUGCACUGAUUAAAAUGGCAAAAGCUGUAGCGAAGCCCUUCAUGAUGUUGUCUGCGUAUUUGAUCGCACAGGCCACCAAAAGACCACCAGAAGCCCAGGCCACGAUGGUCAACCACACGAACCAGUCGAACCCAUGGAAUAAGCCCUUUCGCCAAACGAUUUCGGCGUCGUAG